AAAUGUUACUUUUAGCUACUGUUCUCUAAAUCUUAGCCUUUAGUUACCAUAAGUUUUCAAUUACCUUUUAGCCAUUUGUUACUUUUAGCUUCUAGUUGACCUUUUGCCACCUUCAGCAUAAUCACAGCAUAAUGCCAUGUUAGCUUUUAGCUGUUUUUAAUGCUCUAAACUAGUAUUUAGUUCCGUUUAGUUUUGGCUGAGAUCGUUCAGUUAGUUGGAGCUGAUGACUGAACCACAGACUGAAGCUGAAAAUGACUUAAAAUAAAACCAGAAGCUAAAAUAUGCUGAGUCAUGGCGUCAGUUUGUUACCGGAUCAGAACCGAAGCUCAGAUUUCUGCCUCAGAAACUGAGCAGUGGGUUCAGGUCCAGCUGCAGGGUUCUGGUUCCUCACCGGUUCUCGUCUGUACGGUUCCAGGUUCCCGCUCCAGGACCCGGUCCGGCUUCAGAGGUGGCUCAGGAACAUGGGUCGGGAGAACUGGACCCCGUCUCGGCACCAGUACAUCUGCAACGAACAUUUCUCUCCUUCGUGCUUCAGGGUCCGCUGGGGGGUCCGGUACCUGGAGGCCGACGCCGUGCCRACGGUCUUCCAGCAGAACCAG